GGCUGGCACAUCGCGGAGCAGGGAGCAGCAUCCCUCACUGAGCACAGGAAUGUCUGCUGCACGCUGCAACUCUACGGACCGCACCUGAGAGCACUGUUCACACCGAGCACACAGCACAGCCGGCUCCUGCACCCCAAUGCACCAUGUCCCCCCGGCUCUCCUGGAUUACCCUAGCCCUAUGCUUCUUUCUAUUUGCACAUAACGGGGACGCACAGACUGCCAAGGAAGUUAUAUUGCUGGAUUCCAAAGCACAACAGACAGAAUUGGAAUGGAUCUCCUCUCCGUCCAGUGGGUGGGAAGAAAUCAGUGGAUUGGAUGAGAAUUACACACCAAUUAGAACUUAUCAGGUAUGUCAGGUCCUGGAACCCAACCAGAACAACUGGCUACGAACUAACUGGAUUUCAAAAGCCAACGCACAAAGGAUUUUUGUUGAGCUAAAAUUCACUUUAAGGGAUUGUAAUAGUCUUCCUGGUGUACUGGGAACUUGCAAGGAAACCUUUAACUUGUAUUACUAUGAAACAGAUUACGAAACUGGCAGAAACCUGAGAGAAAAUCAAUAUGUGAAAAUAGACACGAUCGCUGCAGAUGAAAGUUUCACCCAAGGAGAUCUUGGGGAACGGAAAAUGAAACUGAACACAGAGGUUCGGGAGAUUGGACCCCUCUCCAAGAAAGGAUUCUACCUGGCAUUUCAGGACGUAGGAGCCUGCAUUGCCCUGGUGUCUGUGAAGGUCUACUAUAAAAAGUGUUGGACCAUUAUAGAGAAUUUAGCUGUGUUCCCUGACACGGUCACUGGCUCCGAAUUCUCCUCUUUGGUUGAAGUAAGAGGGACAUGUGUAAGCAAUGCUGAGGAAGAAGCGGAUAAUUCUCCCAAGAUGCACUGCAGUGCUGAAGGCGAAUGGCUGGUGCCUAUUGGAAAAUGCAUCUGCAAAUCGGGUUAUCAGCAAAAAGGCGAUACUUGUGAACCUUGUGGUCGUGGCUUCUAUAAAUCUUCAUCACAAGACUUGCAGUGCUCCCGAUGCCCAGCACAUAGCUUCUCUGACAGGGAAGGCUCAUCUCGCUGUGACUGUGAAGAUGGUUAUUACCGAGCCCAUUCUGAUCCAUCAUAUAUCGCAUGUACAAGACCACCUUCAGCUCCUCAGAAUCUAAUUUACAACAUCAACCAGACAACGGUGAGCCUGGAAUGGAGCCCCCCAGCAGAUAACGGUGGAAGGAAGGACGUCACCUAUAGAGUUAUAUGCAAAAGAUGCAGCUGGGAGCAGGGAGAAUGUGUACCCUGUGGGAAUACUGUGGGAUAUGUGCCUCAGCAGAGUGGAUUAUUAGAUACAUAUAUUACUAUUGUGGACCUUCUCGCACAUGCCAAUUAUACUUUUGAAGUUGAAGCUGUCAAUGGGGUUUCUGACUUGAGCCGUUCUCAAAGACUGUUUGCGGCAGUCAGCAUUACAACAGGACAAGCUGCCCCGUCUCAAGUAAGUGGGGUAAUGAAGGACCGAGUGUUGCAGCGUGCUGUCGAUCUAUCCUGGCAGGAACCUGAACAUCCCAAUGGAGUCAUCACAGAAUAUGAAAUCAAGUAUUAUGAGAAAGAUCAAAAGGAGCGUACAUACUCUACACUGAAAACAAAAUUAACAUCUGUUUCAGUCAAUAACCUUCGACCUGGAACAGUUUAUGUGUUUCAAAUUCGAGCUUUCACCGCUGCUGGUUAUGGAAUGUAUAGUCCCAGGCUCGAUGUCACCACCUUGGAAGAAGCUACUGCAACUGCCGUAUCCAGUGAGCAGAAUCCGGUUAUUAUAAUUGCAGUGGUUGCCGUUGCAGGCACUAUUAUUUUGGUCUUCAUGGUCUUUGGUUUCAUCAUUGGAAGGAGGCAUUGUGGCUAUAGCAAAGCUGACCAAGAAGGAGAUGAAGAGCUAUACUUUCAUUUUAAAUUUCCAGGCACCAAAACCUACAUUGACCCCGAAACAUAUGAAGAUCCGAAUAGAGCUGUCCAUCAAUUUGCCAAGGAGUUAGAUGCAUCAUGCAUAAAAAUCGAGCGUGUGAUUGGUUCAGGAGAGUUUGGAGAGGUCUGUAGUGGUCGUCUGAAGCUUCCAGGAAAAAGAGAUGUAGCAGUUGCCAUUAAAACUCUUAAAGUUGGCUACACAGAAAAACAAAGGAGGGAUUUUCUUUGUGAAGCGAGUAUUAUGGGCCAGUUUGACCAUCCGAAUGUUGUUCAUUUGGAAGGAGUAGUGACGCGUGGAAAACCUGUAAUGAUUGUAAUAGAAUACAUGGAGAAUGGAGCUCUAGACUCGUUUUUAAGGAAAUGUUUGGAAUGGUUUACUUCACCUCCAAAAACUAAACGCUCAGGAUCUACACAGACAAUGCCCUUAAAAGUCCAAACACUAAACACUCCGGGAUCAAAUGCACAGAAACAUGAUGGACAGUUCACGGUCAUUCAGCUGGUGGGGAUGUUGAGAGGCAUUGCAGCAGGAAUGAGAUAUUUGGCCGACAUGGGAUAUGUACAUCGGGAUCUUGCUGCACGCAAUAUUCUUGUCAAUAGCAACCUUGUCUGCAAAGUGUCAGAUUUUGGUUUAUCUCGAGUUGUAGAAGAUGACGCAGAUGCAGUUUACACAACCACUGGAGGAAAGAUCCCAGUUCGAUGGACAGCUCCAGAAGCAAUUCAGUAUCGCAAAUUUACAUCAGCAAGUGAUGUAUGGAGUUAUGGAAUUGUAAUGUGGGAAAUUAUGUCAUAUGGAGAAAGGCCUUACUGGGAUAUGUCAAACCAGGAUGUUAUAAAGGCUAUUGAGGAAGGUUAUCGGUUGCCAGCACCAAUGGAUUGUCCUGCAGGUCUUCAUCAGUUAAUGUUAGAUUGCUGGCAAAAGGAACGUGGAGAACGACCUAAGUUUGAGCAGAUUGUUGGUAUUCUUGACAAAAUGAUCCGGAACCCCAACAGCUUAAAAACCCCUAUGGGAACUUGUAACAGACCAGUCAGUCCACUUCUAGACCAGAACACCCCGGAUUUUUCCACCUUCUGCUCUGUUGGAGAGUGGUUAGAAGCUAUAAAGAUGGAACGAUACAAGGAGAACUUCAGCUCUGCAGGUUACAAUUCACUUGAAGCUGUUGCCGGAAUGACAAUUAAUGAUGUCAUGAGCUUAGGAAUUUCAUUGGUUGGCCAUCAAAAGAAGAUCAUGAGCAGUAUUCAGACUAUGAGAGCACAAAUGAUACACCUUCAUGGAACCGGAAUACAGGUGUGAUAGACAAGCCUCCCUCAUGAGGGAGGUAAGACUAUGAGACAACAGCACUGGCCUUCACUACACAAGAACUGCUGCUAGAAUCUGCUCAGUUAACUGAGUCCUCUCUACUACUGCGAUUUGUAGUAGAUAAAAACCAACUAGAUCCUCAAGCACCUACAGACUUGAACUCCUAAGUGCCACCAAACAUUUCCUGCGAGAGAAAUUUGGAUCAGACUCAUGUGGCAAGGAUGACAGCAGUAAUAACAAAGUACUACCUGACUAAAGAACAAACAGAGCUCUCUAACCUCCUUUUUGCCCAAUGGACUUUUUCAAAUGUAUUGUACAUAAUUCAUUUUAAAAAAGAAUAUAUUUGUUGGACAAAAUCUCAAGAUUAAUGGUAAAUACGGCAAAACUAUUUUCCUGAAGCUGUGUUUUAUUAUAUAAUCUUAUUUUUUAAUGUGUUAUUCUCCUUCAUUAUUUUUUUUUUCUCGGAGGGGGUUGGUCGAUAGGUUUAAUUGCACAUUUAUUAGGAGACUAAUAUCCUUAGCAUGGUUAGUUAUAUUUUGAAUGCUGUUAUUCUGGCAUUUUGCUUAGAUAUCUAUGUAGACAUUGGCAAAUCAACAGCAGGCAAGUAAAAACUUUGCAGGUUAAUAACCAUUUAUUUUUACAUAUUUUCUAAGGACUUGCUGAAUACAAAGCAAUAAUGGCACUCUGUGCGGCCAUGGCACCUUUGAUACAGAAUACAUAAUGAAAUUAUUAAGUCAUGAAAAAUUGCUAAAAAUUGAGAGUUACUUAAUUCUCUAAAUAAACAGGGUCUCCUAAACUACAUACUAGAAACUAGUACUGUAAAAUACCAAGCCUUCCCUUUUCGAAUGUCAAGUUCAAUAAAAAAAAAACUAAAAAAAUAAAUGAAAGACUCUCGUGGCAUAGUCACUGUCUAAAACCUUCCACUGCCUGCAAACAAGUGCAAGGUGACUGAGGAAUCAAAUUUUUUUGUACAACAAUAGAUUUGAAAUAGCCAAAAUAUAUUUUAUACAAUAUAUUGUUGAAUGCAAUCCAUGUUUGAUUGUACGGUUUUAGAUUUUAUAUUUAGCUCUAUAUAUCAGGGUGACAAGGGUAACACUUUCGUUUACCACCUGGAGAUGGACAUCCAAGAACAGAAGUUUAUCGUAAAACACAUGGUAGUUAGAACGGAGGUUUUUUUUUUGUUUUGUUUUUUAUUUGGUACCUGAUGAACAGAGUUUUUUUUCUUUUUCUGUCUACCGGAAGCAAUAAUAAAUUGUGUCUUUCUAGAUAUUCCCUUUGUGCAUAUCUUUAGAGUAAGAAAUAUAUUUGUAAAAUAUGUUUAGAUGGUGGAUGACCCAUCAUGUAGAACAGAUUUGAUUUGUUUAAAGAAAGAUCCCAGGGAUCUAUCAGAAUUUGGUCUUCUUUGAUUAUGUGGGCAUCCACAGAAUUGUAAAUGUUUCAGUGUAAAGUGUGUAAAUUUUAUUUAUACUGUCUUGUUUUGUAUACACAUUUCUCUGUAGUGAGCUCUGAAUACAUCGAAAAUGCACUAUAUUUUUCUAUUUUACUUGCAGAGGUUCAUAAAAACAGGUAUUUCAAUGCUACAUAAUGUAUUUUACCAUAUAGGACCAAAGAUGGCUGCAGAAAACACAAAUGGAUAUACUCUUCUGCUUACUUUAAUUUCCAGUCAUUUAAAUCUCUGUACAUUGUUAUUUUAUGACAUUUUAUUUAUUUGAUUGUUAGAAUAAAAAAAAAGUAAUUUCUAAGAUGUUUCCUUAAAUAUAGUAAAAUACAUUUACAAAUUUCCAUUUCAUAGACGCUUCCAUUUGUAAUCUUUGUAAUAGACUGUAAAUAUAUUUUUGAACU